AUGCCCUCUGCUCGAUACUGCUUUGCGGCCUUUGCCGCCACUGCUGCCAUCGCCUUCGUCGUCAUCGUCGCCAUCAUCAUCGUCAUCGCCAUCGUCAUCGGCAUAUACCGUCACUGCCCCGUCCUCAACGAGCACAGAUAUCAGAGAAAAUCGAAAUCGAAUUCACAUUUCGCUUUGGAUGAUGGCUUUUCGGCGAUGCUGAGCAAUGGGCCGGAAGCAGAGAUUGAGAGUAGUUGCUGUGUGCGCGGCGCACUCUGCCUGAUUGGCUCGUUGAACGUCGAAGCAACAGUCAGAGAGUCAGAGAGCCAGCCACCGUAG